UGUUGUUCUUGUGUUAAAAUUUUAAUAAAAAAAAAUGUUUUUAUUUUAACCCGAAGCCGAUAAAAACGAAAAAAUAAUAAUUAUUUAUUUUGUUAUAAAUUCUUCAAACAUCUACAAUAAAUUACAAACAAAAAUUCAUUAAAAAUGCCAGAAGAUUCAAAAGAAAAUAAAGCCAAAAAGCUAGCAGCAGCACGUAAGAAGCUAAAAGAAUACCAAUCAAAAGAAAAGAAAGACAAUGACGCAGGAGGAAUCCAAUCGGACACAACAACUGUUAGCCAAAGUGAUGCAGCUAGCACAGAAGGCAGUGAAUCCAUUGUCAAUGAAUCUCCGUCACCUGCCAUGGAGAAUGGUGUGGAUGUUGAUUUAGUGCAAACUUAUGAACUGCCUCCAACUGCAGAGGUACUCGCAGAAAAGCCAAUAUCUUCCACACCAAUCCAAUCUCAAAACAACAACAGCAGCAUCGAUACAAUCCAAAUCCUUAUAACAGAAAAAGCUGCUUUGUCGUCUGAACUCAAUACAUUGCGCAACAUUUGUCGUGAAAAAGAAUUGGAAACUGAAGAACUGCAGGCGCAGUUUCAGUUGACGUCAAAGCGUCUGCAGGAUUUGCAAAAUGAAUUCACUCACGAGCGUCAAGCAAUGAAUGAAUUCAAAUCAAAGAACUUAACUAUGCAAGUUCAUAUGGAAGAAAUUCGAUCUAAAUAUGAUGAUCAAACUGAGCACUUGGAAGAGACAAAGAAACUCUUUUUAAAUGAAAAAGAACGUAAUCAAUCGUUAAGUAAGGAGUUGAAGGAGGCAAAGAACGAACUUGAAUUAACAAAGAUUCGUAUUAAUCAAUUGUCUGAUGAAGCAAGUGUGACACAGGACAAUCGUGUAGAGUCGCUGACACAAACACAGUUUAUGUAUGAACAGCAAAUACGUGAUUUACAAGCUAUGGUGCAACAGUUGACGAGCGAUAAGGAACAAGCUAAUCAACAAUAUCAAACUUAUGUGCAACACUUGAAUACAGAAGUUACGAAUUUAAAUGAAAAAAAUAGUGAACUUGUUGAGGAAUGUUCAAAGCUACAAGAACGUGAAAGACAAUUUAUUGAUCAUAUAAGUGGAUUGGAAAAGGAAAUACAAAAAUCGAUUUCGAAACAGGAUCAGGUUAAGGAGAAUCAGCAAUAUGAGGUCAACGAAGUUUACAUAAAAGAAAUCGAUGAGCUUAAAACAAAAAUCUCUGAAUUUGAAUCCGAACGAUACGAAUUUCAAUUGAAAAUCAAAUCCCAAGAAGAUCGCCUUGAAGAUCUCAAUCAAAAUCUUAUCGAGAAAGAUAAUAAAAUUUCCGAACUGGAAAAUCAUCUGCAAAAUAUUCUCUCCGAACGUCCAGAUAGUCAUAAACUAUUGGCAACAAUGGAAAGUGAUAAAAUUGCUGCAUCUCGAGCCCUAUCACAAAAUGAUGCAUUGAAGAAACAAUUGGAUGAAUUGGAGUUAAGAUUUGUUCAGUUGACAAACGAUAAAGCAGACUUGGUGAACAAACUAGAUGCUGAAGAGUAUGCAAAUCGUGAAAUUCGUAAUAAUUUCUCGAGUAUGGAGGAACAAAUCAAGAAUCUUGAUGGGAAGCUUAACCUGAAAGACGAAGAAAUGAUUCGCCUUACUCACGAGAAUAAUGACUUGGCUAGAAAAAAUUUGAUGCUCGAACAGCAAUUGGAUAGAUUGCAGCAUUAUGAAGCUAGCGAGUAUUCUAACAAGUAUCAAAGUGAUCAAGGAAGUCCCAGAGAAAAUGGAAACGAUGAUCAUCAUAAGGAAACAAGCCACAAACACGAUCAUCUUGAUCACGACCAUGAUCAUGAUCACGAUCAUAAUCACUGCCAUGACGGCGAUGAACACAAUCACGAUGAACAUUCUGAAUGUUCAUCCAGUCAUGCUGGCCAUGACCAUCCACAUUCCCUUACAAGUCUAGAUGAACACGAUCAUCCGAAAGAACAAUGCCAUGCAUCGACAUCGAUGACACCGCAACACCAACACAAACAUCGCCACGAUGAACCGCCAACAAUUCCAACGAUUGAAGCAUUAACAAAGCUCCAGAAUCGUUUCACCAAGUUAAUGGCUCAGACAGCCGAAUUGACCGAGGAAAAACAACGUCUUGAGCAUUUGGUGCUUCAGCUUCAAGGCGAAACCGAAACGAUUGGGGAAUACAUCGCACUCUACCAGACCCAAAGGCGUAUUCUGAAACAGCGAGAAUAUGAAAAGGCUGCACAGCUGCAGUUGCUUCUGGGAGAGCGCGAAGAAAUGCGUGAAAAAAUCACAACGCUAAACAAACUUGUAUCGAAUUUGGGAGUUGACCUGCCAAAUAACUUGAGACUAAAUGAAAAUCUCAACAGUGUGAUGGAAAAUAUAUGCAUCGAACCAAGUGCAUCCCACACCCCAAGUAGUGAUGGUGGUGGCGAAGGAGAUCAUAGUUCGACCAACCUCGAUGAGGCAGUCAUGAAUAAACGAUUGAAUUCGAAUGAAUCAAAAGAGAUAUUGGCAAAAAUUCAAAAUAUUAUAACGGAAAUCAAAGAGAACACAAAAGAUAUACCGCCAGUCAAUACUGCAGACCAUUUGACUUGUUGUUCGGGUAAAUUUGAAAUUGUUUAACCAGAUGAAGAAUAAGAGAAAGAGACAAUUAAAAAUGAUAGAAGUAUCAAGAUUAGAAUAUUUUCACUAAUCACACCUAUUCCUUAACAAAUAUUUGUGUUUAAGUUUACAAGGCAGAAAAUAUUUUGAACGGACAAGCGGAAAUGUAAUGUGUCUUAUUUUUGAAGGCAAUGAUAUAUUUUUUUUUUAAUUCGGCCGGUUUUGCACUCCUGAUUUUUGCCACAUGUUUUUAUAUACAUCCUAUCCAAGCUAAUUGCAAUUGUUUAAACUAUAUUACGUAUAUUCUGAUUGUUUAAAAAACAAGGGUAAUUAAAUAAAAAUAUUUAA